AUUGUGCAGAAUUAUUGCAGCUUUCCUUCACUACUUCUUCUUAGCCUGUUUCUGUUGGAUGUGCAUUGGUGCACUUCAGCUCCAGCUUAUGGUACAAAACCUUAAGGCACUUAGAGCCUUUCAAAGACAUUCUAUCCAAAAGCGAUACAUAUAUCCUGUGGGUUAUGGAGUACCUGCUGCGAUUGUAACAGUUUCAGCAGCUGUUGUCCCUCAUGGAUAUGGAAGAAAAGAUACAUGCUGGCUAAGUUUGGACAGAGGCUUUAUAUGGAGCUUCAUGGGACCUGUAUGUUUUAUAAUUUUGAUGAACAUAUUUUUAUUCAUCAAAACUAUAUAUGAGUUAAGAGAAUAUUUUCAGUCAGUCGAUAAAGAUGUAUCAAAGAUCAAGAACAUGAAGAUACCUCUUUUUAAGGCCAUUGCUCAGUUCCUUGUACUGGGCUGCACAUGGAUAUUUGGGAUGUUCCAGUUUCACAACGCGACAAUCGUUAUGUCGUACCUCUUCACAAUAGUGAACAGCUUUCACGGAGUUUUCAUAUUUCUGCUCCAUUGUGCUACUAACAAACAGACCUCCUUAAUGGUGGGAAAUCCUGCUCAUAAUCAUUACCAACAUCAAAGUCAUGACCACCACUAG